AUGAAAGUAGUCGCGUUGAUAAGGUAAAUCCAUUCAUUGCUGUCACAGCUUUCCUGUUCUGUCCCCGUGUUCUAGCUAGCUAUCUGAGAAGGAUGGGUUGCUUGCUUGUUUUGUGUGCGGGUUUACUUUGCUAGUUAGAUUAAUAUGAUGUGUGGAUGAAAUAUGCAUGCAUCGUUAUUCGUUACAGAAAUAAAGGUUCAUAACAUUUUGAAUACAUGCUAGUAAGAGGAACUUGCAUUUCAGAUUAGAACUCUUCAGGAAAUCACCCUAACAUUCAUAUGUUUCAGAUCAUAGUUACAGUGAUACGGCUAUUUACAUAGUUGCAUCUUCAUGUAGUGAAUGCAUUAAUCUCUCUGACUGUAUUGUUGCAGUGGAGGCAAAGACAGCUGCUAUAACAUGAUGCAAUGUGUUGCUGCUGGGCACCAGAUAGUAGCUCUGGCCAACCUGCGUCCUGCUAACACAGGUGAGAUGUCUACCUGUUUUUCCUCCUGUAUGUGUUGGUACUUAUAGCAAAAUUCACACAUUGGUCAAUGUUUCCCCUAGCUCUCUUCCUCGGCGUGGUGACCAUGAAGAAGUCUUUAAUGCUCCAUCAAUUUAAAUCAACAAUAAGGGAUGUGCCUUGCCUAAGUGGAACAGUAAAACUGUAAAUGAAUGAACUUCUGUCAUCCGUCCCCAUGUGUUAGAUGAGUUGGACAGCUACAUGUAUCAGACGGUGGGGCACCAGGCCAUAGACCUGUAUGCUGAGGCUAUGGAUCUGCCCCUGUACAGACGCACCAUCCAGGGCUCCAGCCUCGACACUGGGAGGGACUACAGCCAGACAGAGGGAGACGAGGUGGAAGACCUCUACCACCUACUGAAGAUGGUCCAGGUAUACCUCAAUAUGGAGGAGCGAGUGGGACAUGGGGGCAGAUAAGAGGAGUUGCAUUGCUAGUGUUUUAGCAAGAUGAGGCAACAGCAAAUUAGUUGGCUGAAGAAGACUACACUUGUAGCCUAUAAGACCAACCUAUUUACUCUGCAAUCUGUUCUUAGAAGUAGCCUAGUCUGUUGAUAUCAAGGACCCCCUUUAUACAAUGCCAUACAGUCUCAUCAGACAUACUCGUGACUACACUUCAAGGUUUAGAGAGAGCUAUGCUAAGCUACAUGACAUGUGUCACAGUCUGUGAGAUGUGUUACAGCAGAUUCAGAGCCACCUAUCAGCCUAUCAUCACUCUGUGGUAUAGGGAGGUUAUCUGACGGUGGUGUGGGAUGGUAUAGGGAGGUUAUCGGAUGGUAGUGGUGUGGUGUGGCAUAGGGAGGUUAUCUAACGGUAAUGGUGUGGUGUGGCAUAGGGAGGUUAUCGGAUGGUAGUGGUGUGGUCUGGGGCUGUUUUUCAUGGUUCGGGUUAGGCCCUUUAGUUCCAGUGAAGGGAAAUCUUAACGCUACAGCAUACAAUGACAUUUUAGACUAUUCUGUGCUUCCAACUUUGUGGCCAAAUUUUGGGGAAGGCCCUUUCCUGUUUCAGCAUGACCAUGCCCACGUGCACAAAGCGAGGUCCACACAGAAAUGGUUUGUCGAGAUCGGUGUGGAAGAACUUGACUGGCCUGCACAGAGCCCUGACCUCAACCCCAUUAAACACCUUUGGGAUAAAUUAGAACGCCGACUGCGAGCCAGGCCUAAUCGCCCAACAUCAGCAAAAUGAAUAGGAAAUGUAGUCAUUGACAAGGUUAGAAAUAAUGAUUGUGUCCUUCAAACUUUGCUUUCGUCAAAGAAUCCUCCAUUUGCAGCAAUUACAGCCUUGCAGACCUUUGGCAUUCUAGAUGUCAAUUUGUUGAGGUAAUCUGAAGAGAUUUCACCCCAUGCUUCCUGAAGCACCUCCCACAAGUUGGAUUGGCUUGAUGGGCACUUCUUACGUACCAUACGGUCAAGCUGCUCCCACAACAGCUCAAUAGGGUUGAGAUCCGGUGACUGUGCUGGCCACUCUAUUAUAGACAGAAUACCAGCUGACUGCUUCUUCCCUAAAUAGUUAUUGCAUAGUUUGGAGCUGUGCUUUGGGUCAUUGUCCUGUUGUAGGAGGAAAUUGGCUCCAAUCAAGCGCCGUCCACAGGGAAUGGCAUGGCGUUGCAAAAUGGAGUGAAAGCCUUCCUUCUUCAAGAUCCCUUUUACCCUGUACAAAUCUCCCACUUUACCAUCACCAAAGCACCCCCAGACCAUCACAUUGCCUCCACCAUGCUUGACAGAUGGCAUCAAACUCCUCCAGCAUCUUUUCCUUUGGUCUGUGUCUCACAAAUGUUCUUCUUUGUGAUCCGAACACCUCAAACUUCAAUGUGUCUGUCCAUAACACUUUUUUCCAAUCUUCCUCUGUCCAGUGUUCUUUUUCCCAUCUUAAUCUUUUAUUUUUAUUGGCCAGUCCGAGAUAUGGCUUUUUCUUUGCAAGUCUGCCUAGAAGGUCAGCAUCCCGGAGUCGCUUCUUCACUGUUGACGUUGAGACUGGUGUUUUGCGGGUACUAUUUAAUGAAGCUGCCAGUUGAGGACCUGUGAGGCGUCUGUUUCUCAAACUAGACACUCUAAUGUAUUUGUCCUCUUGCUCAGUUGUGCACCGGGGCCACCCACUCCUCUUUCGAUUCUGGUUAGAGACUGUUUGCGCUGUUCUGUGAAGGGAGUAGUACACAGCGUUGUACGAGAUCUUCAGUUUCUUCUUCUCGUAUGGAAUAGCCUUCAUUUCUCAGAACAAGAAUAGACUGACGAGUUUCAGAAGAAAGUUAUUUGUUUUUGGCCAUUUUGAGCCUGUAAUCGAACCCACAAUUGCUGAUGCUCCAGAUACUCAACUAGUCUCAAGAAGGCCAGUUUUAUUGCUUCUUUAAUCAGCACAACAGUUUUCAGCUGUGCUAACAUAUUUACAAAAGGGUUUUCUAAUCCAAUUAACCUUUUAAAAUGAUAAACUUGGAUUAGCAAACACAACGUGCCAUUGGAACACAGGACUGAUGGUUGCUGAUAAUGGGCCUCUGUACGCCUAUGUAGAUAUUCCAUAAAAAAUCUGCCGUUUCCAGCUACAAUAGCCAUUUACAAUAUUAACAAUGUCUACACUGUAUCUCUGAUCAAUUCUAUGUUAUUUUAAUGGCCUAAGAUUGAAUCGUACUACACCGGCUCUGACGCUCUUCGGAUGUGGCAGGGCUUGAAAACUAUUACAGACUACAAAGGGGAACACAGCCGCAAGCUGCCCAGUGACACAAUACUUCCAGAUGAGCUAAACCACUUCUAUGCUCGCUUCGAGGCAAGCAACACUAAAGCAUGCAUGAGAGCACCAGCUGUUCCGGAUGACUAUGUGAUCACGCUCUCCGUAGCCAAUGUGAGUAAGACUUUUAAGCAGGUCAACAUUCACAAGGCCGCAGGGCCAGACGGAUUACCAGGACGUGUACUCCGAGCAUGUGCUGACCAACUGGCAAGUGUCUUCACUGACAUUUUCAACAUGUCCCUGACUGAGUAUGUAAUACCAACAUGUUUCAAGCAGACCACCAUAGUCCCCGUGCCCAAGGACACUAAGAUAACCUGCCUAAAUGACUACCGACCCGUAGCACUGACGUCAGUAGCCAUGAAGUGCUUUGAAAGGCUGGUCAUGGCUCACAUCAAUACCAUUAUCCCAGAAACCCUAAACCCACUCCAAUUUGCAUACCGCCCCAACAGAUCCACAGAUGAUGCAAUCUCUAUUGCACUCCACACUGCCCUUUCCCACCUGGACAAGAGGAACAUAUACGUGACAAUGCUAUUCAUUGACUACAGCUCAGCAUUCAACACCAUAGUGCCCUCAAAGCUCAUCACUAAGCUAAGGAUCCUGGGACUAAACACCUCCCUCUGUAACUGGAUCCUGGACUUCCUGACGGGCCGCCCCCAGGUAGUAAGGGUAGGUAACAAAACAUCUGCCACACUGAUCCUCAACACGGGUGCCCCUCAUGGGUGCGUGCUCAGUCCCCUCCUGUGCUUCCUGUUCACCCAUGACUGCAUGGCCAGGCACGACUCCAACACCAUCAUUAAUUUGCCGACGACACAACAGUGGUAGGCCUGAUUACCGACAAUGAUGAGACAGCCUAUAGGGAGGAGGUCAGAGACCUGGCCGUGUGGUGCCAGGAUAACAACCUCUCCCUCAACGUGACCAAGACAAAGGAGAUGAUUGUGGACUACAGGAAAAAAAAGAGGACUAAGCACGCCCCCAUUCUCAUCGACGGGGCUGUAGUGGAGGUCCAAAAAACUUCUCAACAGCUUCUACCCCCAAGCCAUAAAACUCCUGAACAGCUAAUCAUGGCUACCCGGACUAUUUGCACUGCCCCCUCACCCCCACCCCAUCUUUUUACGCUGCUGCUACUCUGUUAAUUAUUUAUGCAUAGUCACUUUAACUCUACCCACAUGUACAUAUUACUUCAACUACCUCAACUAGCCGGUGCCCCCGCACAUUGACUCUGCACCGGUACCCCCCUGUAUAUACAGUGGGGGAAAAAAGUAUUUAGUCAGCCACCAAUUGUGCAAGUUCUCCCACUUAAAAAGAUGAGAGAGGCCUGUCAUUUUCAUCAUAGGUACACGUCAACUAUGACAGACAAAAUGAGAAAAAAAUUCCAGAAAAUCACAUUGUAGGAUUUUUUAUGAAUUUAUUUGCAAAUUAUGGUGGAAAAUAAGUAUUUGGUCAAUAACAGAAGUUUCUCAAUACUUUGUUAUAUACCCUUUGUUGGCAAUGACACAGGUCAAAUGUUUUCUGUAGGUCUUCACAAGGUUUUCACACACUGUUGCUGGUAUUUUGGCCCAUUCCUCCAUGCAGAUCUCCUCUAGAGCAGUGAUGUUUUGGGGCUGUCGCUGGGCAACACAGACUUUCAACUCUCUCCAAAGAUUUUCUAUGGGGUUGAGAUAUGGAGACUGGCUAGGCCACUCCAGGACCUUAAAAUGCUUCUUACGAAGCCACUCCUUCGUUGCCCGGGCGGUGUGUUUGGGAUCAUUGUCAUGCUGAAAGACCCAGCCACGUUUCAUCUUCAAUGCCCUUGCUGAUGGAAGGAGGUUUUCACUCAAAAUCUCACGAUACAUGGCCCCAUUCAUUCUUUCCUUUACACGGAUCAGUCGUCCUGGUCCCUUUGCAGAAAAACAGCCCCAAAGCAUGAUGUUUCCACCCCCAUGCUUCACAGUAGGUAUGGUGUUCUUUGGAUGCAACUCAGCAUUCUUUGUCCUCCAAACACGACGAGUUGAGUUUUUACCAAAAAGUUAUAUUUUGGUUUCAUCUGACCAUAUGACAUUCUCCCAAUCCUCUUCUGGAUCAUCCAAAUGCACUCUAGCAAACUUCAGACGGGCCUGGACAUGUACUGGCUUAAGCAGGGGGACACGUCUGGCACUGCAGGAUUUCAGUCCCUGGCGGCGUAGUGUGUUACUGAUGGUAGGCUUUGUUACUUUGGUCCCAGCUCUCUGCAGGUCAUUCACUAGGUCCCCCCGUGUGGUUCUGGGAUUUUUGCUCACCGUUCUUGUGAUCAUUUUGACCCCACGGGGUGAGAUCUUGCGUGGAGCCCCAGAUUGAGGGAGAUUAUCAGUGGUCUUGUAUGUCUUCCAUUUCCUAAUAAUUGCUCCCACAGUUGAUUUCUUCAAACCAAGCUGCUUACCUAUUGCAGAUUCAGUCUUCCCAGCCUGGUGCAGGUCUACAAUUUUGUUUCUGGUGUCCUUUGACAGCUCUUUGGUCUUGGCCAUAGUGGAGUUUGGAGUGUGACUGUUUGAGGUUGUGGACAGGUGUCUUUUAUACUGAUAACAAGUUCAAACAGGUGCAAUUAAUACAGGUAACGAGUGGAGGACAGAGGAGCCUCUUAAAGAAGAAGUUACAGGUCUGUGAGAGACAGAAAUCUUGCUUGUUUGUAGGUGACCAAAUACUUAUUUUCCACCAUAAUUUGCAAAUAAAUUCAUUAAAAAUCCUACAAUGAGAUUUUCUGGAAAGAAAUUCUCAAUUUGUCUGUCAUAGUUGACGUGUACCUAUGAUGAAAAUUACAGGCCUCUCUCAUCUUUUUAAGUGGGAGAACUUGCACAAUUGGUGGCUGACUAAAUACUUUUUUCCCCCACUGUAUAGCCUCCCUACUGUUAUUUUAUUUGACUUCUGCUCUUUUUUUCUCAACACUUUUUUGUUGUUUUAUUUUACUUUUUUAUAAAAAAAAUAAAUGCACUGUUGGUUAAGGGCUGUAAGUAAGCAUUUCACUGUAAUGUCUGCACCUGUUGUAUUUGGCGCUUGUGGCCAAUAAAAUUUGAUUUGAUUUGUGAUUGCUAGGUUUAGCUCAUUUCCCCUUUCCAGGGCAGGGCUGACGUGACCCCGUCCCUUGUUAGGGCCACAAGCCAGGCCAGCAGGGCCCAGCAGACAGCCAGUUCUCACUGUGUUUACCUCUCUCACAGUUAACAGUGGAGGGCACAGACCUGUAACUAAGAGCCCAACCAAUAUAUUGGUUCACCGAUAUGAUCGGCCGAUAUUGGCCUUUUACAGAUGUAUCGGUCGAUAAUUCCACUGAUAACCGAUAUUCAAUAAAUAGGAUGAAAAAAAUGAAUUUCAUGCUGAUCUGAACACUUGCUGUCAUUCUCUUUGUGUCAUUAUUGUCACAAUGUAUGAAAUCAACAGUUAUUGUUUAAUUGCUCUUUUGGAUGGCAAUUUAUUCGAAUUCAGUGUGGAAAAAUAACACUUUUUCAUUUCCCCGCAGUAAAACAGUAUAUUGGCAGAUACAGUGCCUUGAAAAAGUAUUCAGACCCCUUGGAUUUCUUCACAUUGUAUUGUGUUACGAAGUGGGAUUAAAAUGGAUUUAAUUGAAAAAUACAACAACAAAAAACUUUAAUAUCAAAGUGGAAGAUUUUGAUGAAUAAAAAAAUUCAUAAAUUAGUUUAGGAGUAAAAUCUGGCUUAGCAAAUCACAUAAUGUACUCACUCUGUAUGAAAUAAUGGUGGUUGACAUGAUUUUUGAAUGACUAACCCUUCCUCUGUCCCCCAUACAUACAACAUCUGUAGGUACCUCAGUCAAGUAUUGAAUUUCAAGCAACGAUUCAACUACAAAGACCAGGGAGCUUUUCAAAAGCCUCAUAAAGAAGGGCAGUAGAUGGGAACAAUAACAAAUCCGACGUUUAAAUAUCUCUUUAAGCAUGGUCAAGUUAAUAAUUAUGCUGUGGAUUAUAAAUUAAAUCACCCGAACACAUCAAAGAUACAGUUGUCCUUCUGAACUGAGCUGCAGGACAUGAAUGAAACUGCUCAGGGAUGUUACCAUAAGGCAAUUGGUGAUUUUCAAAACAGCUACGGAGUCUGUGAUGGUAGAAAACUGAGGAUGGAUCAACAACAUUGUAGUGACUCCACAAUAAUGACCUACAUGACAGAGUGAAAAGAAGAAUACAAAUAUACAGAACUUGCAAGGCACUGUAUAUCGGUAUCGUUAAGUUUUGUCCCAGGUCUCAAGUAAAGAGCUUUACUCACUCUCCAUGCAAUUUUUCUUUUAAAUAUGUUUUCUAAUUGGGGUGGUUUCUUAUUGCACCCUAUUAUGAGAAUUACAUUGAGAUCAGAUAUGUUUGUGUAGUUAGUGAAUUUCCUGUCUCCAGCCUGUAUUUUUGAAGUAUCUCACUUGUACUUAUUUUUGUCAGUUAUGGGUUCUGUAAAAAUACAAUUGCUUCCUCUUGAAUAUCCAGUUUAUUCAAAGGCGUGUUUUAUAUUCACCUCAGGUUUAGUGCUGAGUUUGAUUGUGUUGGAGCGAAGAGGAGAAAAAAAUAAAAAUAAAAAAAACUUUUCAGAUAAUUAGCUGUUAAAUCACCCUCACAGGAAAAGAGCAGUUUUAGCAUAAAAAAUGUGUUCUGUUUGGGAAGUGUGAUAUUUUGAAAGAUUCAUCCUAGCAGUUUGAAUUAAUUAGAUGUUAUUAAAAUAUAUUUGGCAAAUGACACAUGAACAUAGAUGAAAGCAUUUUUUUUAGAAGCUGUGAUGAAUCGGAGUAAAUCUGUUUUUCUUCCUCCCUGCUCUCUUUAAAUCCUUGAAGUUCCACAUCUCUGCUCAUAACAUGAGCCAACAGUGCCACCUAUGGACCAAUCCCAGGCAUUGCCUAACCAAACCUAACUCACAACACCCUUCGGUUUCUCACAUGGGAUCAUUUUCAGUGGAACCAUUGGGGGAAAAAAUGCCCAAUUAUGAUAACCCCCCCCCCCCCCCCCCCCAAUCCCAAUAGUGGUGAUAAUCGCAGAGUGACAAUGUGCCCCUCUUGCACCACCCCCCCCCCCCCGUGCGUGGCUGUGUAUGGUCCGCUCUCUGUGAAGUGUGUAACCCGAUAGACACGCGAGCCAUAACAUACCCCAGCCCAUCCUGCCAUGGCGCUGAUCUUUGAACCUGGCCUUUGAGGAGGAGAAAUAACUGUCUUGUCAGAGGCAGAGGGGAUCUUUCACUCCGUCCUCAGCGUGUGUGUGUGUGUUAUGAAUGUAAAGCGGUCUGAUGCCAACAGAUCUGAUGGCUCCACUUCCCCUGCCCUGCCUAGCAUAUGUCUCAUAAAUCAGACCACAGAUUGAAUGUCAGCAUGUCACUCUCUAUCUUAUAUCUCACCAUGAGGGGUUCAAUGUUUUAAGAGGAAAUCGUUUUGAAUGGAAAAUGUCUGUUCAGUUUAGAACUAAACAUUUAAAAUCCAUAACUUGUAUAAUGCAUGCAUUAUGCUUCUAUACAUUUUUCAGUGAUAUUCUCGUCCAGUAAAUGGAUGGAACGUACAGCAUUCAUAACAUAAAAUUAGGUGAAGUUAUGAUUCUUCUCUAUUCAUUUCUGUGCCCAGAGCUGUUGCCCUGGCCUCACCUUCACCUGUCCUCCUGUCCUGUACAUCAAUACUGUACAUGCUGCGGAGGGUGGUUGGCUUGGCCAUGCUGCCGUGAUUAAGAUCAGCAGUGUCAGCCACCCUUGGCUGAAACGGCUGCUCCACUCCCACCCCCUCCCAGCAUGCCUGGGGAAAGGUUCAUAUUAGUCAUCUCAAAUCCUUCAAGUUCUUCAUCCCUUCUUUUCUGCUCUGACACACUGGCUCUUUAUGCCUGGUGACACUGUGCGAGAGGACAGGAGAGGAGGAGGGAGGGAGAGUGUCCCUUGAAGGAUAGGUCAGAGGCCCUAGGUUACAUAAUAACACGUUUCUAUCUUCAUCCUCCACACAUGGUGCUAUAAGCAUUAGCUUCUAGCUCUAAUAUCCUGGCUUGUUCAAACUUCCCAUACUCUUUUCCCUCAAUCCCCUUGCAACUCAACUAGAUACCUUUUUUGCAGUAAAAUAAGUCAAUGUUUUUUAUUAUAUAAAUAAAAAAGUUGUUACUCUAUCUCUGUAUUUUAUGUUAGUUCUCUUGAAGGCACAUUUAAGCAUACUUGGUAUCUCUCCACUAGUAUGUUGAGGAAACAAAAACUUGAAGAACUUGGAUAGAAAUAGAAAGAUGUCAACUGCAGUUCAAUGACCCUGCAACCUCUCAACUAAUCAGUGGCAACAAUAGGUUCCAGCUCAUUAGGCUGAUGGGGAACAAUAGAUUAUAUUAAUACCUAGGCUUUUAAUUAUGAACCGUCUAAUUAGCAGCAACAUUUCUGUCACAUUCCUGCCCUGGCUCUGUGGAGGAUGGAAAUGUUACAUUCAGAUCUUAUUUCCUGCCAUGUAAUUAAUUAGACUUUUCAGGAACACAAUGCUUUCAAACAUCGUUAUUACUGAGUGAUAGCCUAUCCCAGGGCGGUGUAGGCUACUACACCCUGAACUUUCUUUUUUUCUUCCCUUUUUAUCAAGCCAAAUUCUCGAGAUGUCACGGAAAAAUACUGGAGAGCACCAGGCUGCAGUCCCCUUUGGCCUUUGUAGAUGUUCAAACAUUCCCUUCCGUUGGUGCGUGUUAAAACACCACAUUUUUUGCGAGAUAAUCCCUGUGUUAAACACACAGACACACUCUCCCCAUCCCCAGCGUCACCCUCCACCCCCCACUCCAUUAUCGACAGCAGCAGACUGGGCUGGGGCCCUCCGAGAUUGGAGAGGGGGAGUCGACCGUCCGUCCACCAGUCCAAACAUUAUUUUUCUAUUUUUUUCUCUUCUUCUUCUUCUCUUCAUUUCUGGAUUCUAUUGUGUUGUCGUCAUAGCCUUUUCAGAAGCCUUUAGAAGCCUGGCGUGGCGUUGCUGCAGGUGCCGUAGUGGAGAGGUCCUGCUGUGAGGGGUAGGAGAGAAGGAGGAGAGGAAAGAAGAAUAGAACAGGCAGAGGAGUCUGGUGUUGAACCUGGAGCCCUGUGUUAUCGAUCAGGGGGCCGAGGUGUUAGGAGUCAGUCGUUACAAAGCACAGCGGUGUGUUGUGAGGUUAGAAAAUCAAACACGCCUACUCUUAUUACCAGCACAGCACAGUGCCGUGUUAGGCACAUGGGGGCUCAAAGAAAAUGGAUUUCUUUAAAAAGCUGCUUAAUGCAUAAAUCACAACCGGUGAGGUCACAGAGAGGCUUUAUGAGAUAGGAUCAAUAAGAAGACUAAUGUGAGGCUCUUGUACCUGUUAUGUGGGGCAAAGAUGCAUUUUUUCCCCUUCUCACAGGUAUAAUUAGCAGUGUGGUAGUAGCAUUAACAGUGGAUAAUGCUCUUCAAAAGUUAAUAUCAAUUAGUUUCAUGCGUUUUCAGGACAAGUGUAGGCUGGCUGUGUGUAAUCUAGCUUGUCUCAUGUUCUUCUAAUGAGGCUAGUAGCAUUGCCUAGAUUCCUGUUAAACUACAGUGCGGCCAGGCACUCACUGCCUGGGUCUCCUUCUAGCUGUGAUAGCCCAUUGUUAUCUUUUCCUUUGGUCUGAGACUGACUGCUGACUGGAACAGAGACAGUCAGUGGGGUGAGAUUGUGGGUUGUUUUGCACACGAGGAAGGAUAGCAUUACCGUUGAGAUAAUGGCCGUCUGUAUUGUUCUCGCCCCUGUGUGGAAGUGGCGGGACAGGAUCUAUUAGACUCAGGCACAUUUCCCUCAGACCCAACCGACAUAGCUAACGGAACAGUCAGUCCCACACAAACAUUAGAUAAAGAGCCUAGCCUAAAGCCUUUGUAAUUUGUUUGUAUUUUUCUGCUUAAUGUACUUUGCUCAAUCUUGUUUAGUGAUGAUGGAAACAGAUAGCCUUAUCUUGGCUUGCCAAGGGCAGGAGCUGCUAUGGCUGGUUGGGUAAACAUUGUUCCAAAUGGAGGAUUUUUCUCCCCUGGCCACAGAGAUGGAUUGUAGACAUAGCUCUGAGUUAUUUGCAUCAGAUUGCUCAGGACUAGGCUAAUAUUUUAUUUUGGGCGGUCUGUUUAAGAGUGGAUGUUGCACUUACUUUCAUGGAUAGUGUGUGUGGACUAUGUGAGUCACUCGCACAUGGUUUCUGAGUUGUUUGAUUGGUUAAACCACAAGGGAGUCUGAGAGUUGAUCAUUUUCUGUAGCUUUUUUUACUACCCUUUUCCCAGUUUUCCACUGAGAUCCACUGAUAAAAGAAGAGUUCAUCACCCAUGUGAAAAGGAAUGUGCCAUGAGCAUAAAUCAGACCCUCAUUGCUUCAUUAUCAGUUCUCAGCCGUUUCAACAACUUGAAGAGAGAUCUGGGUAAAUAAUGAGAAGUAAUUGGAACAGAGACCGUCCGUCUAAAAACAACAGCCGUUUCACACAAAUACAAAAACACUCAGAGGCUCCUUGGCCCAGAGCGCUCGGAGAGCACCCUGUUGUGAAGAAGUCAUUCACCUUUUCUUUGCUAGCUGCCUGUCGUCGGUCAGGCCCAAAAGUGUCUGUCUGCCUUUCCCUCCUCCCUCCCUCUCGUCUGACUGACCGGAUGGCUAAGGGAUAGCUCUUAGUCAGUGAAAUCCCACCAACCAUCUCCCCGAAAAUUAAGCAGACUUUGACUUUUAUGUUUUGUUUUGCGAAGCAUUCCCUGAGAGAAGUAUUUGUGGCAGCCCCCGUGCCCCCUGCAGCUAAAGCCAUAACCAGCCGAAGAAAAACACUGUCUGGAGUCUGGAGUGUGUAAAAACUGCAUCACAGCCAUAUUUUCCCCCUCUCUCUCUGAAGAGGGAGGGGGCCGGGAGACCACCAAGAUGUCUGAGGCUCAGAACGAGAAGGGAGGACGAGUGGUCCCGAGAUGUUUGGUUGUAUCCUGACUGAGUUUUUCCCCAAUUGACAACCUCAGCAGGAAAGCAUUUGCAUCUUGGAGAGGAGCAGGACGGAGAGGAGCACGUGAAGGCUUGUUGUGGCGUGACACCGGUUGCCAUGGUGUGUGAUGAUUCCUUAUGAACCCUCCUGAAAUCUCACUGGCUGGAAGCUACCCAGACAACCGUCUCCCUGUCUUGGUGUCUCAGACAGUCCCACCUCACCUCAGCCAACUGAGAAUGUUUCAGUGACAGAGGAAGGAUUAAGGUUUGUUUUAUGCCCUACGGAAAAGGAGAGUCACAUCAGGCGUUUGUCCUGAUUCUUUCUGGAGGGAUGCAGAUGGAGAUGCAGGCCGUCUGGAACUGUUUGCAACAUAUCCUGUGUUUUGACCUGAAAAUUCUCCAUAUUGAUCUCUUAUUUCUGAAUUGCCAGGAUUCUUUAAAAAAAGGGUUGAUAAACCCUUCUACCUUUUCCCACUGCUUGCUUCCCAGCGUUUAGUUAGUUUUCCAUGCAUGUUGAUAUGGAAACCCUUCUUGGCCCUGCUUGCUGCUGAAUCCAAGGCUUUGUGCUUGGUUUGGCUCAGGCCCUCUGUCUGCCUGCCUGCCUGGCUGUCUGACGUCUGGGCCUCUGUUUACGUAACCAUAUAUAUUUAAGAGGAAACUCGUGAAACGUUAAUCUCUCUACUUUUUAACCCUGAUGAAGUUCUACGUUUUCCAGCUGUGCGGUGUGGCAUAUUUAUGCACCGGCCCUAUCGGUGAACACAGCUCUGUCACUGUUAAUGAAUCACAGCACUGCGAGUGUGUGUGUGUGUGUGUGUCUGUGUGUCUGUGUGUGUGUGUGUGUGUGUGUGUGUGUGUGUGUGUGUGUGUGCACUGCAGGCUGGAAGACUCGAGCUGUAACAAGCUGAAAUGGCCCUAAAAAAAAGCUCUCCCCUGUCUACAAACACCUCAGUGGGAAUGUGUUGAAAGUGAAGUGUUGCGUCUUCUUUUCCUCCAGAAUCCAGCCCAGAACAGUCUGGUUGUGUCAGCCGUCAUCGUUCUGAGGCUGAUAGGCGUCACUCAUCGUGGUGACAGUGAUGAGACAAUGGACAUUGUCAUAUCCUUCUGUUCAGACCACACCUGGCAUUAGAGGCCUCUCUGAGGACUAUAGUUCCUCUUAUGAAACUCACUGUCUCACUCCGUCCCGCAUCAUCAUCAUCCCUGGGACUCGUCUGGACUGUAUACAAGGCCGGCUAUAUUAACAUUUUUUUUCAUCCAUUAUUUUGUUUACUGUUGAGGAGUGACGCAUGAUGAGUCAUGGAGGGAACACAACCGUUAACACAAAGGAUAGGCCUGUCUGUCAACAGCUGCUUCUAACAGCCAGCUUCUCCAAUUUACCAAAGGGAACAUCUCAGAGUCUGGAACCACUAAAAAGGUUUUAGUUUGAGUAUGUUUUACAAAGACAGCAUUCCCUAUGGACAGCUUUUUAGUUGUUAUUGUUUUCUUUGCCCACAUUUGGGAUGAUGAACCUCACCACCACGCAUAUUGUGGUUGUUAGUAUUUGUGACACUUUUCUUGUUGGUAUACCAUAAUAUACACCCAAAUCAGGGUCAAGAUUUUAGUCUUCCACACACAUAUUGUUUCAAGUUUUAAUGUCACAUGCACAAGUACAGUGAAAUGCAUUUAUUGCAAGCUCUAACUGCAACAAUGCAGAAAUCAAUAACAAUGUAAUACUAAAAAUAACAAGGUAGAACAAAAACACACGAGAUAUAAAAAUAAGAAUUAAGAACACGAUAAAAUAAGUAAGCAUACUAUAUACAGGGUCAGUUCCAGUACCAUAUUUACAAUGUGCAGGGAUACUGGAUCAGAUGACCUGGCCUCCACAAUCCCCCGACCUCAACCAAAUUGAGAUGGUUUGUGAUGAGUCGGACUGCAGAGUGAAGGAAAAGCAGCCAACAAGUGCUCAGCAUACAGUUGAAGUCGGAAGUUUACAUACACCUUAGCCAAAUACAUUUAAACUCAGUUUUUCACAAUUCCUGACACUUAAUCCUAGUAAAAAUUCCCUGUCUUAGAUCAGUUAGGAUCACCACUUUAUUUUAAGAAUGUGAAAUGUCAGAAUAAUAGUAGAGAGAAUGAUUUAUUUCAGCUUUUAUUUGUUUCAUCACAUUCCCAGUGGGUCAGAAGUUUAUGUACACUCAAUUAGUAUUUGGUAGCAUUGCCUUUAAAUUGUUUAACUUGGGUCAAACGUUUCGGGUAGCCUUUCACAAGCUUCGCACAAUAAGUUGGUUGAAUUUUGGCCCAUUCCUCCUGACAGAGCUGGUGUAACUGAGUCAGGUUUGUAGGCCUCCUUGCUCGCACAUGCUUUUUCAGUUCUGCCCACAAAUGUUCUAUAGGAUUGAGGUCAGGGCUUUGUGAUGGCCACUCCAAUACCUUGACUUUGUUGUCCUUAAGCCAUUUUGCCACAACUUUGGAAAUAUGCUUGGGGUCAUUGUCCAUUUGGAAGACCCAUUUGCGACCAAGCUUUAACUUCCUGACUGAUGUCUUGAGAUAUUGCUUCAAUAUAUCCACAUAAUCUUCCUUCCUCAUGAUGCCAUCUAUUUUGUGAAGUGCACCAGUCACUCCUGCAGCAAAGCACCCCCACAGCAUGAUGCUGCCACCCCCGUGCUUCACGGUUGGGAUGGUGUUCUUCAGCUUGCAAGCAGCCCCCUUUUUCCUCCAAACAUAACGAUGGUCAUUAUGGCCAAACAGUUCUAUUUUUGUUUCAUCAGACCAGAGGACAUUUCUCCAAAAAGUACGAUCUUUGUCCCCAUGUGCAGUUGCAAACCGUAGUCUGGCUUUUGUAUGGCGGUUUUGGAGCAGUGGCUUCUUCCUUGCUGAGCGGCCUUUCAGGUUAUGUCGAUAUAGGACUUGUUUUACUGUGGAUAUACGUACUUUUGUACCUGUUUCCUCUAGCAUCUUCACAAGGUCCUUUGCUGCUGUUCUGGGAUUGGUUUGCACUUUUCGCACCAAAGUACGUUCAUCUCUAGGAGACAGAACGCGUCUCCUUCCUGAGCGGUAUGACGGCUGCGUGGUCCCAUGGUGUUUAUACUUGCAUACUAUUGUUUGUACAGAUGAAUGUAGUACCUUCAGGCAUUUGGAAAUUGCUCCCAAGGAUGAAGCAGACUUGUGUAGGUCUACAAAAUAUUUUUUGGAGGUCUUGGCUGAUUUCUUUGGAUUUUCCCAUGAUGUCAAGCAAAGAGGCACUGAGUUUGAAGGUCGGCCUUGAAAUACGUCCACAGGUACACCUCCAAUUGACUCAAAUGAUGUCAAUUAGCCUAUCAGAAGCUUCUAAAGCCAUGACAUAAUUUCCUGGAAUUUUCCAAGCUGUUUAAAGGCACAGUCAACUUAGUGUAUGUAAACUUCUGACCCACUGGAAUUGUGAAACAGUGAAUUAUAAGUGAAAUAAUCUGUCUGUAAACAAUUGUUGGAAAAAUAACGUGUCAUGCACAAAGUAGAUGUCCUAACCGACUUGCCAAAACUAUAGUUUGUUAACAAGAAAUGUGUGGAGUGGUUGAAAAACGAGUUUUGAUGUCUCCAACCUAAGUGUAUGUAAACUUCUGACUUCAACUGUAUGUGGGAACUCCUUCAAGACUGUUGGAAAAGCAUUCCAGGUGAAGCUGGUUGAGAGAAUACCAAGAGUGUGCAAAGCUGUCAUCAAGGCAAAUGGUGACUAUUUGAAGAUUCGUAAAUAUAAAAUAUAUUUUGAUUUGUUUAACACUUUUUGGUUACUACAUGAUUCCAUAUGUGUUAUUUCAUAGUUUUGAUGUCUUCACUAUUAUUCUACAAUGUAGAAAAUAGUAAAAAUAAAGAAAAACCUUUGAAUGAGUAGGUGUUCUAAAACCUUUGACCGGUAGUGUAUGUAUAGGGGUAAGGUGACUCGGCAUCAGGAUAUAUGAUGAACAGAGUAGCAGCAGUGUAUAUGAUGAUUGUAUGUGAGUGGGUGUGUAGAGUCAGUAUAAAUGUAUGUGCAUAUUAUGUGUGUGUGAGCAAAUUAUGGAGUGAGUGUUUGUAAGUGUGUUGGAGUAUCAGUGUGUGUAGUGUGUAGGGCCCUGUGACUGCAUAGAGACAGUGCAAAAAUGUGAAUUAAAUACAAAAUUGAUUUACUCGUUUCUGGCCCUGUGCUGAACCAUCUGACCUAUCCUGUUACAGUCCACUGCUUUACACUUGAACCCAAACUGCUGUUGCUCCCCAUCUCCUUCACAACCCAGAGAGCACUGUAGCUAGGUCACCUAGCUAGCCUAGCUGGGGUUGUGUUGUGUAUGAAGGGAAUGAUAAUGAUGCUGAUAACACAAAUAAACAGCAUAGCAAUUUCCCCCAUCCCACUGGAAGGCUCCUGUGACUGUCACAUCCAUGACCACAGAGGUGUCUGAACAUACCCCUAACAAGGCCCCUGGAGUGUUGUCCCAAAUUUUAUUAAGCACAAAUUGCUUGAACCCCACGCUUUACACCCAGACCUCCAGCACAGCACACAUCGUCAUAACAGAACAGGGGCCCCCUGUGUCACCCCUGUGUAGCGGAGCACGGGAGAACAAUCCCAUUUCAUUAGAACAGGCCCAGAGCAGAGCUGAUAUAAUGGCGCCUGAGCCAUUAAAACCAUGUCGUGUCCAGUCACUCACUAAUGGAACGGGGUGGGGAGGGGGGGGGGGGUGUCGGUAUGACAACAAGGACAUGCCGGGGCGCGUGACGGUACCGUGUGCCCUUGAGCAAACUGUCAUUCAAGGCACUUUAAUUAAUUUCUCAGGCCCUGUCUUCCUGCCUAGUCAUGCUAUGAGGCCGGGGCAGUAACACUAACAUGCAGGAAGGCACGUAAACACCAUGAGCCAGGAGGAAAGACUGACUGUGUAAAUACCUGCUUCUAUAUGGUAUUACAAUAAGAGCUGUUUUUUGCUAAUCGUUCAGUGCAAAGGCGAACUUGCUUUAUUGAAUACCAGAUAUCUAAUGAUUUUACGAUAGUUACUAUGGUUAAUGGCUAAUAGUCUGAAUCGGAGGACACAGGCCCUUUGGAUUAGGCCUAAUUUAGAAACAAAUCUCUGGAGUUUUGAGUAUGUCAUUAAGACUUUGUUUUGAUCAUCUACACAAUCAUUUAAUGAGCGUUCUGAUGUACUUAAUGAAUAUGUGAAGUUUGAAUAUUUUAUAGCUUCCUAAUUGCCCUGUUUUCUAUUAAUUACUUUGGUAUAUUAAAUAUUAAUCCAGAUGGAGUGAUAUGAUUGAUAACAUAAAGUACCCUAUUUAAAAUCUAAGAUGAAAAUGGAUGGUCUGUUUGAUGUUCAGUAAAAUACUGCCCUUACAGAAUCCCCUUUCACUUUGAAAGUGGUAAUGCUACGUAGUUUCAAUCAAGUUCCAAACUUUGUUUGUGCAUUUUUUGCUUGCAUUUAUAUCAUUGUAUUUUUAUCAUUGAUUCUUAGUAGUAGUAGUGGUUUUCCCAAGGGGAAAUUAGUUUUGCAGCACUAUUAAACUCAAGACACUACAGACAGAUUUGGGAUAAAAGUUGGUCUGUCAAUAUUGAUGCAAAACUUGAUGAAUAAGAAUUCAGGAAAAGGGUUGACUCAUCAAGCAUUUUAUGUAAGUAGAAGAAGUAGAUCAACAUCGUGCUACAUGAUGGGCAUGCCUCUGUCUUUUUAGAUUAUAUCUCUGUAUCUGCACUUCGGCUAUAGGCCUACAGUUGAAGUCGGAAGUUUGCAUACAGCCAAAUACAUUUAAACUCAGUUUUUUAUAAUUCCUGACAUUUAAUCCUAGUAAAAAUACCCUGUCUUGGGUCAGUUAGGAUCAGCACUUUAUUUUAAGAAUGUGAAAUGUCAGAAUAAUAGUAGAGAGAAUUAUUUAUUUCAGCUUUUAUUUCUUUCAUCACAUUCCCAGUGGGUCAGAAGUUUACAUACACUCAAUUAGUAUUUGGUAGCAUUGCCUUUAAAUUGUUUAACUUGGGUCAAACGUUUCGGGUAGCCUUCCACAAGCUUCCCACAAUAAGUUGGGUGAAUUUUGGCCCAUUCCUCCUGACAAAGCUGGUGUAACUGAGUCAGGUUUGUAGGCCUCCUUGCUCGCACACGCUUUUUCAGUUCUGCCCACAAAUGUUCUAUAGGAUUGAGGUCAGGGCUUUGUGAUGGCCACUCCAAUACCUUGACUUUGUUGUCCUUAAGCCAUUUUGCCACAACUUUGGAAGUAUGCUUGGGGUCAUUGUCCAUUUGGAAGACCAAUUUGCGACCAAGCUUUCACUUCCUGACUGAUGUCUUGAGAUAUUGCUUCAAUAUAUCCACAUAAUUUUCCUUCCUCAUGAUGCUAUCUAUUUUGUGAAGUGCACCAGUCCCUCCUGCAGCAAAGCACCACCACAACAUGAUGCUGCCACCCCCGUGCUUCACGGUUGGGAUGGUGUUCUUCAGCUUGCAAGCAGACCCCUUUUUCCUCCAAACAUAAUGAUGGUCAUUAUGGCCAAACAGUUCUAUUUUUGUUUUAUCAGACCAGAGGACAUUUCUCCAAAAAGUACGAUCUUUGUCCCCAUGUGCAGUUGAUGUCAAUUAGCCUAUCAGAAGCUUCUAAAGCCAUGACAUCAUUUUCUGGAAUUUUCCAAGCUGUUUAAAGGCACAGUCAACUUAGUGUAUGUAAACUUCUGACCCACUGGAAUUGUGAUACAGUGAAUUAUAAGUGAAAUAAUCUGUCUGUAAACAAUUUGGAAAAAUGACUUGUGUCAUGCACAAAGUAGAUGUCCUAACCAACUUGCCAAAACUAUAGUUUGUUAACAAGAAAUUUGUGGAGUGGUUGAAAAAACUAGUUUUAAUGACUCCAACCUAAGUGUAUGUAAACUUCCGACUUCAACUGUAUGCCAAUGAUACAAUUGAAUUACAUUUGGAUGGUCCAAUGUAUGUAUAUAUAAUUACAAUGUAUAUCACACAUGCUACCUUGAAAUAGAGUUUAAUGACCGUAUUAUUUUUUGGGUGAAGCAUGUCUGGGAGCCUUAAUCUUCUGAGCCCUUAAUAAUUCAGCCCAGUCCAUCCAUUUUCAUGAGGGACGUUUGGGGGGAGGUUUCCUUUAAUGAAUUUGACAAUUAGUAACAGAAGUUAAUGACUGUAUGGGGCUAAGUACCCUGAUGGACAUGGCUGUGGGCCUGAAUGUGCCCGUGCUCCAAGCCAUAUAUCCUAAUUUAAUGUCUUGAGUUUCCUGACGACUACAGCUAGACUAGACAGGCUUUUGUUUAGUCUGCCCCUGAUGGGGGUCCUUGGGGUCCUUCAGCACACCAACAGUCAUGGAGGAGGAACAGAGAGCAUUGUGGGAACAGUCUGAGGUAACAAUGACAUGGUGUCAUUGUAGCUAGAUAUUCUGAAUAAGCAGCAUACCCAUAGUCCAAUAAAUCAUCUUAACUGAAUGUGUAUUAAUUGUAUUGGCUAUACGUUUUGACAGUCACAAUAGAUUUAUUGCGUUAUAAUUCUUAUAGUAGGAUAUCUUUCUGGGAAAAUAUGUGCUGUGAUUUAUAGUACCGUUAUCGUAUAUUCUACCCACAGUCCCAAUGGUAAUACAAUCAAAACAUCCUUCAGCCAGAUGUCACUCAAAGUUUUUAGCGAACAUAUAGUUCAUGAUCCAUCUCACUCUUUUUCAGGUAUUAUCCAACUAUAAAACAUUUAGUUAAAUAUUUUAAGCAGCAUGACAUCAAAGUUUGUGUUUUUAUAGUGUCAUGAAUACAUGGAACACUUCUGCAAUAUCCAUCUCUGUAGAUGUAUUCACACCCGCCUCACAAUUAUUCCCUCUGCCUGCUUUGCUUUCCCACAGCGGAUGAGAAAGCAUGUCUAGAAUUUGUGAAAUCCAAGUCGUUCAGUUUGUCGAGAGCAACGCUAGCCCCUUCUCAUUCCUGGCAGUCUCGACGAUAGCUAUAACGGCGACAAAAACAAAACGUCAUCCAAAAAUAACUCUCUCCAGAGUUUUAAGUAAAGUUAAUACGUUCUUGUUUGCAAACGGUCUAGAAUUAGAGCUAGAGUCUACAUUUCAAAAAGGGGGUGUGAGAGUUUGCUCUUCUCAAUGUCUAGAGUGGAUUGCUAAAGUGGCUAUUAUUGCCUUUUUGUAAUAAUUAUAUCUGUGGCGAAGCUAAGAGCCAUGUAGUUAAAAGAAAGCCCACUUCAUUGUUACUUGAUGAUUCAGGCCUUGGAGUGCCCACUCUUAACAUUAUGUCUGCUUCUGGCUCCCUGAAGGACAGAGGGGAAAGGAGAGGCAUUAUACUCUGUUGUUUAAUCAGGCCCUGCCAAGUUUACAGUUCAAUGACCCAAUCACAUUGUCAACAGUUAGUUAGACACCUCUCAGAGACUGGCCUGUCCUCUACACACUUUUUCUCUUUCUCCCUCUUUCUCUUUCUCUCGUUUCAUCUUUCUCUUUCCCUCUCUCUUCGUCUUUCACUCUCUCUCAAGCUUCGUUUGGCUCUUCAGGAACUGACAUGUUUUUGAGGGAAAAGGUUAUAUCAUUAGAAAAUAGUUAACAGCCCUGCGGCCUAUGUAGAGUAAUACAACAAGCCCUCUUGGCUCUGUGCAGUGCUGAAAUGUUAUCAGUCUGGAGUAAUUAUUGUCACAGGACUCUGAAUUUCCAGAGAUUGAGUUGUAUUGUACAUUACAUUUUAGACUGACUAUAGUGACUUGCUGUACUGUAUGUGUUUGGGCCCAUUUCACAGUGCUAUGACAUUCAGUAGGCAGUAAAGAAUCCAUCACACCAUGGCUGUUCCUGUACUACCCUACCCUAGCCUGUCCCUGUACUACCCUAGCCUGUCCCUGUACUACCCUAGCCUGUCCCUGUACACCCUAGCCUGUCCCUGUACUACCCUACCCUGCUGUCCCUGUAUACCCACCCUGCCCAUACCCUAUGUCCUGUAACCUAGCUGCCUGUAACCCCCCUGCACCUAGGUCCCUACUACCCUAGCCUGUCCCUGUACUACCCUAGCCUGUCCCUGUACUACCCUAGCCUGUCCCUGUACUACCCUAGCCUGUCCCUGUACUACCCUACCCUAGCCUGUCCCUGUACUACCCUCCACCUAGCCUGUCCCUGUACUACCCUAGCCUGUCCCUGUACUACCCUACCCUACCUAGCCUGUCCCUGUACUACCCUAUUCCUGUACUACCCUAGUCUGUCCCUAUACUACCCUACCCUAGCCUGUCCCUGUACUACCCUAGCCUGUCCCUGUACUACCCUAGCCUGUCCCUGUACUACCCUACCCUAGCCUGUCCCUGUACUACCCUAGCCUGUCCCUGUACUACCCUACCCUAGCCUGUCCCUGUACUACCCUACCCUAGCCUGUCCCUGUACUACCCUAGCCUGUCCCUGUACUACCCUACCCUAGCCUGUCCCUGUACUACCCUAGCCUGUCCCUGUACUACCCUACCCUAGCCUGUCCCUGUACUACCCUAGCCUGUCCCUGUACUACCCUAGCCUGUCCCUAUACUACCCUAGCCUGUCCCUAUACUACCCUAGCCUGUCCCUAUACUACCCUACCCUAUCCCUGUACUACCCUGUCCCUGUACUACCCUAGCCUGUCCCUGUACUACCCUAGCCUGUCCCUGUACUACCCUAGCCUGUUCCUAUACUACCCUAGCCUGUCCCUAUACUACCCUAGCCUGUCCCUGUACUACCAUACCCUAUCCCUGUACUACCCUGUCCCUGUACUACCCUAGCCUGUCCCUGUACUACCCUAGCCUGUCCCUGUACUACCCUACCCUAGCCUGUCCCUGUACUACCCUACCCUAGCCUAUCCCUGUACUACCCUAGCCUAUCCCUGUACUACCCUACCCUGUCCCUGUACUACCCUAGCCUAUCCCUGUACUACCCUAGCCUGUCCCUAUACUACCCUAGCCUGUCCCUGUACUACCCUAGCCUGUCCCUAUACUACCCUAGCCUGUCCCUAUACUACCCUAGCCUGUCCCUGUACUACCCUAGCCUGUCCCUAUACUACCCUAGCCUGUCCCUAUACUACCCUAGCCUUUCCCUAUACUACCCUACCAUGUCCCUGUACUACCCUAGCCUGUCCCUGUACUACCCCAUCCUAUCCCUGUACUACCCUACCCUAUCCCUGUACUACCCUAGCCUAUCCCUGUACUACCCUAGCUUAUCCUUGUUUGCAUGUGUGUGUUUAUGUGUGCAGCUCUCCCUCCUUGUCCCCUCGUUCUGCCCAGGGGCUACUGUGUGUGUGUGUGUCUCUCUCUGUCCCAACACACACACACACACACACACAGACAGUAUAUUCUUUAUCUGAUUAGCUGACACGCCUGCGUGGAUCUCUGUGCAGCGCGGCGGCUGAGCAGAGCAGCAUCAGGCCCAAGGCAGGGCAUAGAUUUCAUUUUAAAAAGUAUCAAAGGUUUACACGCUGCUCGCUUUAAUCAGCAUGUUUAUCAGGCAGAGAGAAAUUGCAGGAAGGACCACAGGGAGAAGGGGGGGUUAUCUUAAGGACCAGUAGCCUGGGAAAUUGAUAAUGGCUACAAGGUAAUUUACUGGCAACUUGUGCAUCCCUCCACUGCACCGCUGCCUAGGCCGGCCCCUCAUUCUAAUUACAGGCCAUGUAAUGUACUAAUGAAGCUGCGGGGUGUGUGUGUGUGUGUGUGUGUGUGUGCUCUGUGCCAGUCUGGAGUGAUUUCAUGAGCUUGAGAUUGAAUACGUCUCUGGGCUUGGUGGGUGGGGCGGCAGAUGCAGCCUCCCUCUGGAGUCUGUGUGUGUGGCCGUCUCCCAGGAUGAAUGUGAUGUGAAGAAGUAUCUGAUUAAUAUUUGGCAGUGUGACAGACACGGGCUAAGCACAAACAUUAGCCCAAAUGAUGUAUGUAUUUCAUAUAUUAAGUCAACGAGGUGAUGCUGUGUUUUGGAGCUUGGUGUUGGUAGAUGUGUUGUCUGUGAUGGGAUAUUAGGGGGCAGCUCUGUUUGCAGUGACAGUCAUUGAGGGUUGUCAUGAGGACAACAUGUCUGGAGGACACUCCUUAACUACUAACAGUUGUUUUCCAGACUCACUCAGUAGCACAGUGAGUCCUUUUGCAAACUGACUAGCUUAAUACUGGGCUGGGUCAAUUAUGCCUCGUGAUGGGGUCUCACUGAAGAGUGUGUGUGUGCAUGUGUGAGUAUGUGCACAGUUCUUCCCUAUGUAACGGUCUCUGACCUUGCAGUGUGGUGGACAGUCCCAUCGCCAGUUCACACAACGCUACUGAUAAGAAGCAGACUGGCUCUGCUGCUCCAGUGUUAGUAUUGUUGUUCUGAUGCUACAGCCAGGCACAGCCAGGACGAGGAGUUAGGCUCCAUCCUAUAUCCUUCACCCCCCUCACUAGGGGAUGUGUGCAGGGCCAGGAAAGCCUUGAUAUGACCAUCAUGUAAACAUCCCCACCUAUCUGAUGGAGGGAAAGAAAACUGUUUUCUCAGUGAGUGUGUGUGUGUGUGCGCGUCUCUCUCUCUCUCUUUCUCUCCGUACAUGCUCGUACAUGUGUGUCUGUUUAUAGACAUCAUUCUCUCAUAGUGUCCUCUUUUUUAGAUGGUUAUGUGACCUUUUGGCCCAAUUAGAUCAUCACAAGACAUCACCAUGACUCUGUAACGUGUUAAAAUAAACACUCAUAUGACGGAACAGGAAACCGUUGUGAUGUGAGAGUUUAAAGUACGUAAAGUUUCCUAAAGGAGGAUUUUCCUCUUCCUUCCCUCUCUUCUCUUCACAGGAAAAGGAGGAUGUCGAGGCGGUGUCUGUAGGGGCCAUUCUUUCAGACUACCAAAGAGUACGGGUGGAAAAUGUGUAAGUAGAACAAGUGUGUACAUACACACACACACAACUACAUGCCUGAGAGACACUGUAUUCCAAACAAAGAUGAUGUACAUUUGUUUACUCCAUGAUGUUUAGUCUAGCUGUAUUUUUAUGGUACAGUUGUAUUACCAGAAUGGCCAAUGGCUUACAGUACCAGUCAAAAGUUUGGACACACCUACUCAUCAAAACUAUGAAAUAACACAUAUGCAAUCAUGUAGUAACCAACAAAUUGUUAAACAAAUCUAAAUAUAUUUUAGAUUUUAGAUUCUUCAAAGUAGCAACCUUUUGCCUUGAUGACAGCUUUGCACACUCUUGGCAUUCUCUCAACCAGCUUCAUGAGGAAUGCUUUUCCAACAGUCUUGAAGGAGUUCCCACAUAAGCUGAGCACUUGUUGGCUGCUUUUCCUUCACUCUGCGGUCCAACUCCUCCCAAACCAUCUUAAUUGGGUUGAGGUCAGGUGAUUGUGGAGGCCAGGUCAUCUGAUGCAGCACUCCAUCACUCUCCUUGUUGAUCAAAUAGCCCUUACACAGCCUGGAGGUGUGUUUUGGUCAUUGUCCUGUUGAAAAACAAAUGAUAGUCCCACUAAGCGCAAACCAGAUGGGAUGGCGUAUCGCUGCAGAAUGCUGUGGUAGCCAUGCUGGUUAAGUGUGCCUUGAAUUCUAAAUAUAUCACCAACAAUGUCACCAGCAAAGCACCAUCACACCUCCUCCAUGCUUCACUGUGUGAACCACACAUGCGGAGAUCAUCCGUUCACCUACUCUGCGUCUCACAAAGACACGGCGGUUGGAACCAAAAAUCUCAAAUUUGGACUCAUCAGACCAAAGGACAGAUUUCCACCAGUCUAAUGUCCGUUGCUCGUGUUUCUUGGCCCAAGCAAGUCUCUUCUUCUUAUUGGUGUCCUUUAGUAGUGGUUUCUUUGCAGCAAUUCGACCAUGAAGGCCUGACUCACGCAGUCUCCUCUGAACAGUUGAUGUUAAGAUGUCUGUUACUUGAACUCUGUGAAGCAUUUAUUUGGGCUGCAAUCUGAGGCUGGUAACUCUAAUGAACUUAUCCUCUGCAGCAGAGGUAACUCUGGGUCUUCCUUUCCUUUGGCAGUCCUCAUGAGAGCCAGUUUCAUCAUAGUGCUUGAUGGUUUUUGCAACUGCACUUGAAGAAACUUUCAAAGUUCUUGAAGUUUUCCGUAUUGACUGACCUUCAUGCCUUAAAGUAAUGAUGGACUGUCAUUUCUCUUUGCUUAUUUGAGCUGUUCUUGACAUAAUAUGGUCUUGGUCUUUUACCAAAUAGGGCUAUCUUCUGUAUACCACCCCUACCUUGUCACAACACAGCUGAUUGGCUCAAACGCAUUAAGAAGGAAAGAAAUGACACAAAUUAACUUUUAACAAGGCACACAUGUUAAUUGCUCUCCAGGUGACUACCUCAUGAAGCUGGUUGAGAGAAUGCCAAGAGUGUGCAAAGCUGUCAUCAAGGCAAAGGGUGGCUACUUUAAAGAAUAUAAAAUAUUAAAUGUAUUUUGAUUUGUUUAACACUUUUUUGGUUACUACAUGAUUCCAUAUGUGUUAUUUCAUAGUUUUGAUGUCUUCACUAUUAUUCUACAAUGUAGAAAAUAGUAAAAAUAUAGAAAGACACUUGAAUGAGUAGGUGUGUCCAAACUUUUGACUGGUACUGUACGUGCGUAAUGGGAUACAAUGUAUUGUUAUACACCACAUCAGACAGGACACACAACCUUUUUAUUUAUACGGUAGGACAUUGGAUACAGGUGAAAGAGUUUCUAUGACAGUACCUUUUGGAAGAGGCCUAGUAUGGGCCUCUCUCUCGCUCUCUCGCGCUCUCUCUCUUUCUAUCUCUCUGUCACUGUGGUAAGGUACAUUCCAGCACAAGCCUCUCUCGUCUUGUGUUCCCAACACAACCCAACACAACCACAGAGCUCUCAGCUUAUGAACAAAUCCCGCUGUCAAUCAUGUAUUGUUUCAGCCACUCACACACACUCUUACUCUCACAUACACACUCAUACACCGCAGGCGUUCUCUGAGACAAAGACAUGUACGCCCAUGAGUUUCGGCUCCAGUUACCGGCACACUGCCUAUGUGAGUGUGUUGUGUAUGUGUGUGUGUGUGUGAGUGUGUGUGACACAGAGAGUUAUAGUGUAAAGGACGUGCCAUUUUAAGAUAAUUCCCCCUCUUUAAUUCCCCCUCUUCUGCUGAAUCUGUUGAACAAAGCCACAGGCACCAGAGACGGCUCAGAGUGUGUUCCAUGUGAGCGUUGGUAAGGCAGCCUGCCCGCAAAACUAGUGAAGGUGCCCGUCGCACUUUGAAGGUGUUGUGAUCCUGGCAAGUUUUCUUUCUGACCCACCCCUCACCCUCUCUCUUCUUUCCCUCCCUCCCUCCCUCCCUCCCUCCCUCACCUGUUCCCCCAGGUGUGUGCGGCUGGGUCUGCAGCCCCUGGCCUACCUGUGGCGCCGCGACCAGGCGACCCUGCUCUCUGAGAUGAUAUCGUGUGACCUCCACGCCCUCCUCAUCAAAGUGGCCGCCUUCGGUGUGUCUCUCUCCAUUUCUCUUUCUCUCUCUUUCUCCAGGGCAGCGG